GUAUUCGCGGGUUACACCGGGCUUAUGUAAUUCGAUACUUAGACCGUAUUGGCAGCUUUAAAAUAUCUUUCAAUCGAAGAACGCUAACAAACUUUAACAUAUUUCCACGGGAUAUAAUAAUGGAUUUUCUAUUUCGGAGUCUUGCUACUUUGGUAGUUUGUCUCACGCUUUGUUUUAAGGAGGUCGCCGCUAGUGAGGUUUGCUGGACCGGCGGAUUAAAAUUAGAAGACUGCAAGUGGGGUUGCUGCGAUGGGAGCGAUGGAUACUCAACUUGUUGCGAACAAACCAAUGCAGGCCUGAUUGCUGGGGCCGUGCUAGGCUCAUUGGUCUUAGUCGCAAUCGUCGUGUCGAUCGUCGUCUGUUGUGUGUGCUGCGUGCGCAGAUCUCCAGGCGCCAGUGGACAAGUGCUCGGAAACGCAACGCCUGUACAAGCAGCCGUAGUGACCUCGUCUAACAUGACCUAUGGGCAACCACAGCCCUACCCGAUGCAGACGACCCAGAUGGCGUCAGUGUCAGCUCCACCCCUACAGAGCAGCGGUGUCCAUACCGGGUCCAAAAUGGGAUCCGAACCACCUCCAUAUUUGAUGCAGCCGUCAUCUUACCCACCGCCACGAUAUUAGAACACCAUCAGAACUGCCAGCAUGUGUUUUUCGAGAUGACAUGAUUUUUUUCUUCGUUAUGUUUUGUUUCAUAUUUCUGGUAUUCAAUCCAACAAAUAGCAAAUAAUUAUAUAUAUCAUUUUUCAAAGUAGUGUAUAUAAAAAAACUUUACUUUAUUUCUUAUUUCUGAUUUGUGCCCUUCGAUAAAGCGGUGGAAAUGGUU